GUCUAAUCCAAUUAGAACACAGCAGCCUGUCACUUUGCGCUACGUCACUUCCGCCCCAAAGUCCUUUGCCAGAGUUGGACCAAGAUGGCGUCAACGCAGUUAACGGACGAGGAGCUUUACUCCGAAUUGAAGCGCCUCGGUUUCACUCCGGGUCCGGUUACCGAACACACUCGGCCGGUGUAUUUGAAGAAACUCAAGAAGCUUCGUGAGGAGCACCAGCGAGGAGUUCGACUCGCUAAAACCCGCAGCGGCGCGGCGGUCAACAGCAACAGUGGCGGCGGCGGCGGCGGCAACACGGCGGGAGCCAGGCCAGCCAGCCACAACGUCACGCACCUGAGCUCCAGCAGGACACCGGGCCGGAAGUCCACCGUCCUCGGCUUUAGCUCGGACGAGUCCGACGCCGAAGCUCCUCUGAGAAGGAAGGCUCUCAACCACAGCGACGGAGCGCCACGGGGGAGCCCCCCUACGAAGAUAAAGCUCGAUAAAGAGAAAAGUCGACAUGGCGCGGGGAGUCCACUGAAAAACAACAAUUCUACGUUGGCUCCGGGGGGUAACAGACGAGUCUCCUCGGGCUGGGGAUUCGGCGUUCGAUCGAGUCACGAAGGGGAUGGAAGGGAUUACGAUGAAUCCGAAGACGAGUUGGAAAGGGGUGAAGAGAAGUCCUCGCGAUCUUUAAAUGGCAGCAGAGCGUCACACCUAAACGCAAGCAAGCUAGCCGGGAAUUACUCCGACUCCGACGAGGAGGAGGCGGAGGAGGUUUGGGGCCUUGGUGGAAACCGACGGCGGGGUGGUCUGGAACCCAGACGGGGCCACGCGAAGGCGCAGAGCCCACCCGGGAGUCUAAACAUGUUGAGCAGACGGAAGGCGGGGGAAGAGGGCGACGACGCGAAGAGAAGCGUAGAGAGGAAGGCAAUCUACGUGUCCCUUUUGGAGAACCACAGAGGAGACAUGGAGAAGAACAACCACGCCGACGGGGAGGACCCCAGUCGCUUCAGCGUCGGCCUAAGACCGCGAUUUUCCAACUACAGCAGCCUAGCCAACAUCUACAGAGCUAACCACUCCAACCACAGCACCCCCAACCACUCGUACAGCCAGCCCCCAAAGGAGAAGCUGCCAGCCGCACCAGACGAUGAGCUUUUCCAGCAGUUCAAAAGGGACGAGGUGGCCACCUCGAGCCGUUUCAGUGCCCACUACCUGUCCAUGUUUCUGCUCACGGCUGCCUGCCUCUUCUUCCUUGUGCUGGGCCUCAUGUACCUCAGGAUGAGGGGCACGGGGUCACCGGAGGCAGAUGGAGUCAUUAAGAAUCACCCUUUUGGCAGCGAGUUCGACGCCAAGCACGACAAGACCGUUAGGGACCUCAUCUUGAAGCUUCUGCUCAACCUCCACGACCAUCUGGCGCACAUUGCCGGCAAACAUGACUGUGGAGACCAGCAAUAUCCAAACAGAAGUCUGUCCAUCGAUGAGGCCGUUGCAUAUUUGACGGCUCAGAAUGAGAUGUUUGAAGACUUAAUCUACACGUCGCUCGAAUGGAUCAUCCAGACAGGCCAGGAUGUUGGGAUAAGGCUGACCGGGAAGGUAGCCGACGAGGCCAUGAUUGACGCGUCAGAGGUCGCUCGGCUGGAGUCCACGCAUCCGAGGAUGGCCUUCACAUGCCGCUUCCGCCGGGCUUUCCUCACCGUCAUCAGCAGAGUCUCCCUCCUGGCAGCCGCGGUCGGCGGCGUGUGGGGUCUGGUGUGCUACGUCAAGUAUCGCUGGAAGAGACAGGAGGAGGAAACCAGACAAAUGUAUCACAUGGUGGAGAGGAUUAUCGACGUCCUAAGAAGCCAUAAUGACGCCUGUCAAGAGAACCAAGAUCUUCAGCCCUGCCUGCCCAUCCCCCACGUCAGAGACUCCCUCGUUCAGCCUCAGGACCGGAAGAAAAUGCAGAGAAUCUGGGAGCGCGCCGUGAAAUUUCUCUCGGCCAACGAAUCCAGGAUUCGAACGGAAAGCCAGAAAAUCGGGGGAUCCGACUUUCUGGUCUGGCGGUGGAUCCAGCCGUCGCUCAGUUGCGACAAGAGCUCCUCCGUUCCUUCCAAAGUUUGGCAGGGGAAAGCGUUCCCUCUGGACCGACGGAAUUCCCCGCCAAAUAGCCUGACGCCGUGUCUGAAGAUCAGGAACAUGUUCGACCCGGUCAUGGAGGUCGGGGAGAACUGGGAUCUCGCCAUCCAAGAGGCCAUCCUGGAAAAGUGCAGCGACAACAACGGUAUCGUCCAUAUCACAGUCGACAAGAACUCUCGAGAGGGCUGCGUCUACGUGAAGUGCCUCUCGGCGGAGCACUCAGGGAAAGCCUUCAAGGCACUGCAUGGCUCUUGGUUUGACGGUAAGCUGGUGACGGUGAAAUACCUGCGUUUGGACCGGUACCACCAGCGCUUCCCGCAGGCCCAGGCCUGCGUCUCACCCCUGAAAGCCUCCAACCUCCACGCAAACGCCGCCAACCCGACGGCCAGCUCGCACAACUCCUCAGGCUUUUCAUAAGAUCGACCCCCCCCCCCCCCUCUUUCAGUCCUUUCUAACAAGGAUGACUUAACUUUUUUUUGUUUUUUUUGUUUUUUUAACAUUACUAUCUUAUUUUCCCCCCAGAGGCUUUUUCCAGUGUUGGGUUUUCUACAGCGUUCGGAUGGAAACUCGCAGAUGUAAACAAAUUUCCUCUGGCUUUGGUUUCAAACGCGCGCGCGAGGACUCCACAAUCGUUGCGUCUCUUCCCGCUAUCGCGCAUGAUAGUGUAUCGUGGCUGCUUGCAUGCCUCGGCGCGACGCCUCCAUGCCGGCGUCCCAAAUACAGCGGGUGUUGAUUUGCUCUCGUUAUUUCCGGAGAACAGUGUUGUUCACGCGAGGAAGGCAUGAGCAGACUUGAAGAGGGCGUGCUGUAAAUUCAUGGGAAUGACGGCGAUUAAAUAAUCGAACGCAUUAAGAGCAAACCACGCCCCCUCGCGUCAAUAUUGUUUGGUUUGGUUUUAAUUAUGAAGAUGAUGCAUCCACUGUUUGUUCCUUUUUCUUUGGUGUCGACAUCCAUCUUCACUAGCAGUGCUCCUGACAUAACGGAAUCAGGGAGUGUUGUCUUGUACAUUUGCCCGAAGCUUUCUUCAGUUGUAAUCCCAAUAUUAUGUCAUGAUUUUGUGUUAUUGUUUACUUCUUGUCUAAGUCUGGCUCUUUUUCGCUCAUUCAUAAAAGUUUUUGUUUGUUUUUGUAAUACGUCCAUUAUCUCCCACCCCACCUUUUGAAAUGAAACUAUACCACCGUGACCUUUGGCGCACUCUAAAUGUAUUGAUAGUUUGUAAUUUGUAAUAUUCCAAGAGAGACCUAACUGCUUUUUUUUUGGUUUGUUUAUUUGUUAACGGCGCCUCUUACCAACACUAAGAUGCACCUGAUUCAUGUUUGUAAAUGCAGUGAAUUGAAAGUCGCAUUCAGUAUUUGCAGUGGAUAGUUGUACGAACGAUGCACAUUGACAGAUGUUCACAAACCUGGUGCAAAAACAGUUUGCAGCAGACAUCCCGACCGUGCCUUAAAUGUGUGCUUUGUUGUUGCUGUUUUUUUCCUGUUUGUUUUUAAGAUGGGCACUGCAUCGCUGUGGGGGGGAAUGUACUCGGUUUGAAAAUUGUUGAAACCGGUUUAAAGGGGUGAGGAAAGGUCGGCCAUAGAUGUAGUUCUGUUUUUUUUUUCUUUGUUUUGACAUCUGAGAUUUGGUAUUUUGUAGCAGUUAUCUCUCAUUUCUUAAACCAAAUGCUCCUCUAUUUAUUAUUUUUUUAAAUCAGCCAUGGUGAUGUAAUAUUUAAUGUCACUUGAACUGUUACAUAAUGUGUCAUAGCUUCCCUUCCCCCCAUUAAGGAUUGACCUUACAUCCGCUGCCAGACAAUUUUCAGGAUGUGUAAAACAAAAUAAAGAACACUUUCCAUUAUAA